AUGUCGAUCUGCACGAUCGACGGCCAGAGGUUCUCCCUCGGCGACUCCAAAGACAUGUUCUGUGUUCAAAGCGUCUCGAAGGUAUAUCAAUUAAAAAUAGAAGAUCUAGGCUUUGAUUCGAAAGUAGUUAUAAUUUAAGAAAACUGAAAAAUUGGGCUCAAAAAAAUAUUGAAAAAAAAGUUCUUUAAAAAGAGAUGAAUUUUCAAACAGGUAAUUUAAACUUUUGUUUAAGCUCUCCCGUCUUUUCUUGAGAUUUUUCCUAGAAUUAGAGUCCAGACAUUAGAAAAUCAGCCAUUUUUGGAAUUUUGAAGAAAAAUCGAAUGAUGCCGGAGGAAUUUUUUUCUCAUGGUCGGUUCAAAAAGGAAUCUUUAAAAUUCCUAGCAUUUGCGUGUUCUGGAUCGAGCCUUUCAAUCCAAAUAAAUUUUGUAAAAAAAUGAAAUUUUUGGGUCCAGAAAAAAAUUGGAGGAGAUCAUCUGAAAAAGGCUACGAAAAAAAUAGGUUUCAAAAAAAGAAGAACUCUAGAAAAUGCCUUUUUGCUCAUGAAUUUUAUUGCUAAUUUCUUGACUUUUAUCUUAGAAAUUUGAUCCCAGAAAUUCAAAAAAUCAGCCAUCUUUGGAAUUUCUGAAGAAAAAGGUUGGGUGUUCAAAAGAAUGAAAAAAAGGGCCUUUUUUUAUGACCGGAUCAAAUUUUAAGAAAAAGGUCAAGAAAAAGAGCAUUCGAAUUCAAAAAAAUGAGCAAAAUACAUGUUGAAAAAGGUAAUUUUUUUGUAGAAUUUUUCAAAAGGUAUCUUCACUCGGACACUUGUAACGCGAAACGGACGUGUCGGGGCAUUUCUAGUGGCCGCUUUAGUAGCUUUAGCCCUCUUAAGUGAUCCCUAGAAUUGACCAGGAACGUCCGGAGCACUUCCGAGUAAAGGCACAUGGGCAGUAAAAAACAGGGUUGGGGCUGAAAACUUUACUGCAAAAUUUAAAUCUUUACAAAAUGGUUCAUUCAUCUCAAAUCUCUGUUUUUACGGUCCUAUGUCUUUGAAAUGCCCUCUAUUUGCGUUCUCUCAUCUAGACCCAGAAGAAUAAGACCCACCACGAUUCCCUAGGCGUUCAAUUACGCGAUCGUGUCCUCGGACCUCGGCGUCGACGUCGUCCACAAAUACGUUGGCCACGAGCCAAGCGGCCGCCUCUUCAACGAGAUUUGCCUCGAUGGCAACGGCAAACCCCACAAUCCGUUGAUCAACGCCGGCGCCAUCAUCGUCACGUCGCUGAUCCGGAAUCAUCAGUCGAUGGCCGAUCGAUUCGACUUCGUCCUCAAUCAGUACAGGAAAUUGGCCGGAGGCGAACACGUCGGGUUCAAUAACGCGACGUGAGAUUUUUCGCCGUUUCUGAACUUCUUUUGAAGAUUUUGAAAUUGACUCGGUAUUCUUUAAAAAAAAUUUGCAAAAUUGGGAUUCCGGGAGCAGUUAGAAAAAUCGGAAAUGGCGACUUUUACGUGUCAAUUUCAAAUUCUUGUUGAAAAUUUUCAAAAUUCAAAAUCAAUCAAUAGUUAUCAAUCGAUAUUUUUUUUGUUUUUUUAGUUAAAUAUAUCGAAGUUGAGAAAUUCCAGAGUGGUCCUUCUAGGGGUUAGGGAGAAAAAAAAUCCAUAUAGGAGUAGAAAAAGCGGUCACUAUAGGGAUUGAGAUGAAAAACAACCUCUAUUGAGGUCGAAAAAGCGGCCCCUAUAGGAGUUUAGGGUCUGAUCUCUUAGUCCCUAAAGCUCAAGUGGUCCCUAUAGAGGUCUUUCAGUUUCAUCGACCAUCCAAGGGCCCCUAAGGUUGCCCCUUUAGGGACCCCUCUGAACUUCCAAAGCUAGGCUCUGAUUAGUCAAAUUAUUUUGAAGAUAAGCAUAUUCUAAAAAUAGUUCUAGAACAGUUUUUUUUUCUUGAUAUCUGAACCUUUAAAUUACCUAAUUUCUGAAAAGGGCACCUCGAAAUUGGAUGAAAUCAAUAAAAUCCAUUGCAAUAGGCAAUUUUCCGACUUGAACUCUUGAUUUUUGAAAAAAAGGAAAAUGAGCAAGUUGAAAUUUUCAGAAUCUUGAUAUAAUGUUCUGAACGAUUUAUAGUGAAUCCUCAAAUUGAAAAAAAAACGUUUUUGUUAGUAGUUUUGAGUAUAAUAGUAAUGGAAAAGCCGAGAAGAGUUUUUAAAAAAAAGUUGUGAAAAAUGGGCCAAAAAUACGAAGGAAUUUGCGCCCCAUGGACAAUCACGAAUAAUUUAUGUAGUGAAGAUUUAAAAAAAAAUUUUUUGAACCAAAAAACAUUCUUGGAAAAUUUACCCUUCAUUUUAUUUCCAAAUUUUUGAAAUCUCUCCUUCUGGACUAAAUGAGUCCUGCACUAGCCUAAGGAUAUGAGAAUCAAUUUUUUGAGAUUCCUCUCGGAACGCGACACGGCGGAUAGAAACUACGCUCUGUCGUACUAUAUGAAGGAAAACGGGUGCUUCCCGCCCGGAACUCAAGGACUCCGAGAAGAACUCGAUCUGUACUUCCAGCUGUGCUCCUUGGAGACCAACUGCGACACGGCGGCCGUCAUGGCGGCCACCCUUGCCAACGGAGGUUCGCUGUUUCAGCUAGAGUUCUAGGUUUUGAAACAGCUCCGUCUCUUCGUUACAUCUUUUUUUAUAGUUGUUUUCGUAAUAAAAAAGAUACGUCAUUCUUUUUGGAACGGCUCGAGGCGACGCGGUCGAUUAUUGAUUUGCUCUUUUGAAAUUUUUCUGACCUAGGGGUUAGGAAUGUGUAUUGAAACUAUAGGUCAAGUUAGUUUUACCAGAAAAUUCACUUUCUAAAUUUUCUCCUGCUGCAACCUGCUAUAGGUGACACAAAACUGUUUUUUGACGUCUCCAGAAUCGCAAAAAAAAAUGGGCGUGUCUAGCCAAUUAGAGCCAAGUUAAGUUGGGUAGGGUUUUAGGGUGAGACGCAGCGCGACCGCGACGCAUUGAGCCAUUCCAAGGGCCUCCUCUAAUCAGGGAAUGUUCUCAGCUCACAAUGGGACUUCUGAUUGAGACUAGGCUCAUUAGAUGUAGUUUUUUACGCUGUUUUUGAAUCUGUGCUGAAAAAUUACCCUCGAGGUCUGUGAAAAAAGUUAUGGACUCUCAAAGUCGAAAAAUCUAAUGUCUCCGACCGGUUUUUCGGAAAGUAUACAGAUCUAGUGAGCCUAGUUUCACUCAGAAGUCCCACUGUGAGCUGAGAACAUUAGGUUCAAAGAACAUCCGCCUUGAAAUAGGCAUAACGUAGCCGCGACGCCCCUCAAGCCAUUCUUACUGCCGCCAUAGAGCUUUUUGUGUGAAUGAUGACCAGAAAAGGUCGAGAAACUUAAAGGACAACUUGUUUCAAGCCAUUCCAAACGCCGCUAUUGCAUCUCAAUUCAGCCGCGACGCUCCAUAACCAUUCCAAGUGCCACCAUUCAGCUUUGAUUCAAAUAGGAAUAGAUACAGAAUCCAGGAAGUUAGAAAAAAGCCGAUUCAAGCCAUUCCAAACGCCGUUACGGCACCGCAAUUCAGCCGCGACGCGCGAUCAGCCAUUUCAACUGCCAUCCGUCAUUGACCUUUGAUUCGAAUAGGAUAGAUAGAUGGUCAGGAAAAUUGAAGAAAAAGCCGCUGUGACCCAUUCCAAACGGCAUCUAAAUUCAGCCGCGACGCGACACUAACCAUUAUAAGUGCCGUCAUUUAAAUUUUAUUCAAAUAAGGACCGAUAAAGGGUCAAGGAAACUGGAGAAAAAGCCGUUUCAAGCCAUUUUAACCGUCGCUAAGGCUUCUCGAGUCGUUACAAACCCAUUAUAAAAUUCUGUUUUUUCUUCUUGACCUGAAAUUUUCAACAUAAAAUCCUUAGGAGUGUGUCCCUUGACCGAAGAGACUUGUAUCGACCCGCAGCCUUGCCGAGACGUUCUUUCUCUCAUGUACUCCUGCGGAAUGUACGACUUUUCUGGAAAGUUCGCCUUCCAGGUAGAAUCAAAACAACUGAAGGAGAAAAGAAGGAGAAAUGAUUAAGGUGGGACUCCCGGCCAAAUCCGGAGUCUCUGGAGUGAUGAUCGUCGUCGUGCCGAACGUCAUGGGAAUCGCGCUUUUCUCACCUCCCCUGGAUAAAAUGGGCAACUCCUGCAAGGGAGUCCACUUUUGCAAGGUUCAGAAAAACUUCAGAAAAAAUAUAGUUAUUACAAAAAGGCGUUCAAGGCCUUGUAGCUUCUUGUAAACGUGGCUCUAUUUUCAUAUCUUGAGGAAUUCUCAUUUCUUUGCGCUCUCUUUUCUCUCAGAUGAAGAUUUCAUGUUUCUAUGACGAGAAAAGAGAGCGCAGACAGGACAGAACAACGUUGCGAAAAGAUUGUUUAUUACAUAAUUUUUCCCGUUGCAGCAGUACUUUUGAAUUUUUGUUUUGGUUUUUUUCUAUUAUAAAUGGCUCAAUUAUCAUACCUUGAGAAAGUCUCGUUUCUCUGCGCUCUCUUUUUCUCUCAGAUAAAGGUUUCAUGUUUCUAUGAAGAGAAAAGAGAGCGCAGACAGGACAAAACAACGUUGCGAAAAAAUUGUUUAUUACAUAAUUUUCCCGUUUCAGCAGUACUUGGAAUUUUUUUUUUCUCAUAUUUGGCUCAAUUUUCAUACCUUGAGAAAGUUUCGUUUCUCAGCGCUCUCUCUUCUCUCAGAUAAGAUUACAUUCUAAUUUCCAUGUGUCUAUGACGAGAAAAGAGAGCGCAGACAGGCCAGAAUAACGUUACAAAAAAUUGUGUUUUACAUAAUUUUCCCGUUUCAGCAGUACUUUGGAUUUUCUAUUCUAUCCGGCUUGACAAUUGGAUAGGGACAAAAAAACCAUAGAAAAUUCAUCAAAUUUUUUUUCUCCUUCACAUCUUUUACGUUGCAAGCUCAAAUUUUAAGUUUUAAAGACCCUAUAGGGACCACUAAAGUUCCGACAUUCAUUCAUUCGCUUCAAGCAAAACUUGAAAGGAAAAACAGUCGGUAGAAGUUGGUAAAGUGGCCCCUUGAGGAGAGCUUUCAAGGGUCCCUAUAGUGAACACUAAAGUUCCUAAGCCGUUUCAUUAAAUUCGUAAUGAAUACUUCAAGCAAAACGGAAUAACAGCUGUUAGAAGUUGGUAAAGUGGCCCCUUGAAGAGAGCUUUCAAUAGCCCCUAUAGGGACCACUAAGAAGUUCCUGAGUCGCUUGUAAAGGCAGAUUUUUGAAAAAAUAAUCCGAAGAAUGCAUAUCAAUAUUUCAUUUUGGAAGAACCCAUUUCAAGGCGUUUUUCUCCUGUCUCUUCAUAAAAUUUUUCCCAGAAGCUGAUCGACAUGUUCAACUUCCACAACUACGACAGCUUGCUCCACGCCGACUCCAAAAAGUUCGACCCACGACGGCGAAUGACGACUCGCGACACGGAAGUCAUCGUGUCUCUGAUGUUCGCCGCGAAGAACGGCGACCUCGAAGCGAUUCGAAGGUUUUUGGAAAGUUCUGACUAGGGAACUACUCGAACGAGUAUCGAUUCGAAAUUGGCGAUUUUUGUACCAAAAACUUUGUCAUUGCAAAAAUGUUUGCAUUGGAGAGAGGUCGAACCUGGACAAAGAAGUCAAUCCAGAGACUGACCCUCUAGUCACUGCGCCACGCCGUCUCGGUGUAACAGGAAGCUCAAGGCGCAUAUAGUCUAUACACGGCUAGCUUGGGACGCUGAAGGGGCGUGGCUUGCGUAUGCGCUCUCCACAAGACAUUUUCGUGUCCAGACCCUUUUUCGAUGUCUCAAGCCGGCCGUGAGUCAGCUAUACAGGACUCUUCCUCGAUUUAUACGAGGAGCUUUUUUUCAGAAGCCUAUGGGGUUCAGUAGAUAAUCUUCCUCGUUUCUAAGAACUCUUACCUAGAUCUAAUAGAUUCUCUAGUGAAAUGAGGGGAUUUUUGCAGGAUGUACAUGCAGGGAAUGAACCUCAGUAUCGUGGAUUACGAUGGAAGGACGGCUCUCCAUGUGGCUGCCGCCGAAGGACAUCUGGCCCUGGUCGAGUUCUUUAUCAUGGUCGCCAAGGUCAAUUAUGAUGCUCGUGAUAGGUAAAUAAUUCAAAAAUCUGAAGAAAAUUCAAAAAAUGAACCGGGAAAGGUAGGAGAAUCAUAGUCAAGUAUCCACUGGAUUGAGUACCUUAGACCUUUUUUAAUAUUCUCUCAGCUACCAGAUGAAUUUUAAAAAAAUUCGGCUUACUUUAGUCAAAACAAAACAUAUGUCUCGAAAUAGACUUUUUUCCGAGUUCUGAAUUUCGAAAAAAAGCUCAAAUUAGGGAGAAAAAGGGUUAUUUUGGGCUUUGAAGCCACUAACUCGAAAAAAGAUCUGAAAUUUAGCGAAUUCUUCUAUGAAUCCAUCAGUUUCUCUCAUCUCUACCACUUUCAAAGUCAGAUAUCCCAGAGAUUCUAAUAAUUUUCUUGAGUAACCCAGAAGGAAACAGGAUAAGGUUGAAGUGGUCGCUCAAGUGGGUUACUGAGACCCCUCAAAUGAUCACUAUUAUGAUCCUAAGAAGUAUCUUCUUUCAGGUGUCCUAAGAAACACUGCAAGUUCGAUAAAAAGGCGUUUCGAGACAGAGAUCACUUAAGUGGCUUGUUUAUGCCUUCUUCAAAGUGAUUUGCAAAAUUAUCUCUGACUCUCCAAUUUUAAGUUAUCUUUUUAUUCUCUGAUGGGUUUUUUGAACCGCAUUUGUACACGGCAUUAACUCCACUUGAGUAAGUUCCAAAAAAGCACUGUUUUUGACUUCAGAUGGGGCCGAUCUCCGUUGGACGAUUCGCGGACUUUUGGCCACGACGCCUGUCUCGACUUCCUUCUGAAGCACCACAUGUCGAUGAUGGGAACUGGAAGGGUUGAUCGGAACGAUAGAAUGUAGGAAUUUAAUAAUAAUCGAAAAAGGCCAGAUUUUACAGCACAAUCGAAAGUCUCUCUUCGGACGAGGACGACCUCGCCAUCACCAAGCUGACGAUCGGAGAUGCUCAAGGGAUUACUGAUGGUAAGUGGAUAGAGCGCUAGAGUAACCACUAAAAGUCAAAACCCUAAAGUGCCUACUAAAAAUUCUCCGAGUUCAUCAGAAAAAAGCAAGUUUCGAAAAAAAUGUAACACUUGGAUAACGCCCUACGGUCCUUGUUGUCAAAUUUUCAAUUAUUCUAUAGUCUGUUCAGAUUUUGAAUGUCAAGCCGUCGCUCAAGCUCCGCCCCUAAUGGUGCGAUAAACCAAUCAGAGAGCGAGCCAUUCACAGAGGGUUUUUGAAUGACGUCAUUGCACUUGACAUUAGAAAUCUGAACAGACUAUAAAAACUAGUUCAAAGAAAAAGGAAGAUCUCAGAAUCAGACUCGGCGUCGCCCUCUUCGGACUUCGCGAUGUCGCCGUCGCGAAAGAAGACGUCGCAUCUGCCGCGACUCGGCGUCGUCAACGAGAUCACUCUUCCUCAUGAUAUGAAUGAUAGUGCUGAUGAUUAUUCUGUUUGA